AUGAAUUUAUAUGCCACUAAUGCCAUGGUUGGUUAUAAGAUAUUUAACUUUCUCUUUAUUCAUGCUUUGUGGAAGAUUCCCAGAUUGAGGGAGAACAUUACUGCAGUGAUGAUUACUUCUGAGCACAACUGACAAAAAGCACUUUAACAUGCAACAAUCAUAUUUUUCUUCAUUCAAAUUCAGAGUAAGGUAAUCCUUCACACAAACUCUUGCUGUUCAUGAAAAUCUAGUGCCCUAGACCAGUGGUUCUCAAAGUGGGGUCCAAGAUUUGUUUUACCUCCAUAAUUUUGUUACAGUGAUGAUAUGACUCACAAAUAUCAAUCUGAUUAUUAUUGAAAUCUUAAUUAUUGGCCUUCUUCACUGGUCAUUUGAUUUGUAUGGGUUUAAUCCACACUUCACUACCUCAAAAACAAGUGGGCCUGUAAAUAAUGUCAACUUGGGCUGUUGGUGGAAUAUUCUGUAGGUGGAAAGUUCGGGAAUAAAAAGUUCUAUGACCUCAAUGAAUAGCCUAUAUAUUAACAUUUUUUAGAGUUACAUAUUUCAAUACUUUGAUUAAUAUAAACUGUUAUAAUUGUUAUAGAUAGAUAUGAACUGAGGGGGUUAAUGGAAUAUAUUUUACAUUUAAAGGGUUUCCUGUCUACAAAAUGUUUGAGGACCUCUGUUCUAGAUGUAUAGGACAUAUAUAAAUUGUGAAUGAUUGUUCCUCUAUACCUUUAAGUCCUUCAGGAUCACUCUUUAGAUGCUCCUGUCUAUUUUUUUUAUACUUAAUUUCUUGUUGAUUAUAAUUAGAUGUGCAUUUUGUUUUGGAGGACUACAACAACACUACAAUGUUAACAACUUGGCUGGUCUUAAUCUGUAGGGAUUUUAAAAAACAAAAACAAAAAAAAACUACCUUUCCUAACAGGAUCGGUCUGUGCCAUAAAAUUUAUAUAUAAAGUAAAACCUGAUUUUUAUAAAUGGUACAAGAUCAAUAUCAUUAACAGGUGUAUUAAUGGUUCUUGACAAACUGUAAUCAAACACAGAUUGCUGUGUAUUAUUCACUGUUUGCUGUUUAUCAAGUGGCUGUAGAAUUUGUGACUGUGAAAUAUCUUAAAUAUCUAGUGUCACCACUUGACUAAAGACCAUUUGGAUUUUAAGCUUGUCCAAAUGUUCAUGAAAUGAAGCUGUAGGUGGAGAUGCUGACAAUGUCCACUCUGUCCAGUAAGCACACCCCUCCUUUUUCCAACUUUUCACCUUACUGCUCCUCUACCCUACUCACACUACCUCUUCUACUUUGAGCCCCUGGUCUGGAAUUAGUGGCGAGACACCUGGUGAACAGCACAGACAACAUGGCCUUUUACAGAAGCUUCAGUACACAGUCCGGAUUUCUUUUUCUUACAGUUUUUGUCCUCUGUGUGGCUUUUGUACUGACAGAAACUGUGGUUAAGGCUUCUCCCACGCUACAUAGCGAUAACCAGGGCACGCAGUCCGGAGAUGAUGGAACAGAUGCAGGCCAAGUCACAACUAAAGAAACGAUUCAUGAACUAACACAACCCACCAUCACUAUAGAUUACAUUGACAACCUGGACACCACGACAAUGGAGGAGGAAGGUGUUCUUGGCCCAGGUGCCAUCACAGCCAUUGUCAUCGCUGUGUUCCUCGGUGCCUCUGUUCUCCUCGCCCUCAUCGUCAUCACACUCAGAAAAUUCACUGCCACUUAGAGCAGGAUGACCACCUGUUUUAAACCUCCCUCUCUCUCUCUCUCUCUCUCUCUCUCUCUCUCUCUCUCUCUCUCUCUCUCUCACUCUCUCUCACACACACACACUUACUCGUAUAUUUGUCUUCUUCAACUUUUGGCAUGUCCCCUAUAGUUGGCAUAUGAGUGGUGACAUGACCCAAUAAUUUGUGGAAACUGUUACAACUAAGCCAUGACUGAGGCUAUUUUCACUUGAUGAUGGUCAUUUCAUUUCUCAUAUGUCCAAAAAUUCUUCAACACAAGUUAGUAGGUUUUCUAGAUUUAACUUGACAACUUUAACUCACCCUUGAUCAUACUUUUUGCUUUUAAUGUUAUUGGUUUCUGUUUUCUGAGAUGUGCAUUAUUUGGCGUGGUAAAUAAGACACUUAAAUUCAACUUAUAUUCUAUAUUUUUCAAUGGCCUUUCUCUCUAAAAAUGUCAUUGUGAAAUUACAUAAAAUCACACUAGACUUUAGAAAGUAAACAGAUGCCUGCAUGUUCAAAUGUCUAGAUUUGCAAAGAAACAGUGCACAUCUAACAUGCAUGUAACAAUCUUAAAAAUUUGAGGUGUGAGAGAGAGUGCAAGCAUGAGCAUGUGUGUGUUGUGUUUUCAGACAAAGUGGGAGAAAAAUACUAUGCAGAACAGAAUCAAUGCAUUUUAUAUAUAUAUAUAUAUAUAUAUAUAUAUAUAUAUAUAUAUAUAUAUAUAUAUAUAUAUAUAAUAUUUCAAUUUUAUUUUAGCAAAUGUACAUUUGGUUGUGGACAAAUUUGUGUUAAGCUUCGAGUUACAGUUAAAAAUUAUUUGUAAUGCUAUGAUUAUAAUCAGCUUAUUAUGAUGCUAGAAGUUUUGGAUGUUUAUAUUCAAAUGUUUAGACUAACACUAUAUUCAUUAGCACAAAAACAUGUCAGUGUUUACAUGUUUCAGAGCGAAAGUCAGACAGAAUCUUGAUCAGUCAUCAUGAAUUAUUCACUGAAUUAUUCACUGAUAUUUGGUUUUACUCUUACUCUCAGCAACCCUUCACACCACUGUUUUUAAAGUGUCUGCUUUAUAGUAACAAAAUGAAAAGAUAUAAAUAAAACCAAAUCUUUAA